AGCAACUUCCCUUCAAGCUUUCACCACCACACACAUUCUCACAAAGAGUUGUGGACCAUACCGAAGCAUUCGAAAUUACACAAACAUGGCCGCACAGGUUCCAUCCAAGAUGAAGGCCAUCACGAUCCACGGCAACAAAGCCAAGAUCUCAGAAGUUCCUGUCCCAAAGCUCAGACCUACAUACAUCCUCGCAAAGGUCGACUCGAUUGCUCUCAACCCCACAGACUGGAAGCAUAUCAACGGAAAGCGAGCCGCCGAGGGAUGUAUCUCAGGAUGUGACUUCAGCGGCACAGUUGUAGAGGUCGGAUCAGAGGUAUCGAAGGCCUUCAAGCCAGGGGACCGAAUCGCAUGCACAACUCACGGUGCCAAUGCCAGCGAGCCCGAAGACGGCUGUUUCUCCGAAUACGCAGUCGCCAAGGGUGACCUCUGCGUCCUCCUACCAGACAAAUUAUCUUUCGAGGCAGCUGCCACUUUCCCGUUAGGCGUUGCUACUGUCGGACAAGGACUCUACCAACAAGGACUCAAGCUCAACUUGCCAACCGACCCAACCAAGAAUGGGGAGACUGUUCUCAUUUACGGUGGAUCGUCUGCAACAGGUAGCUUAGCUAUCCAGUUCGCAAAGCUAUCAGGUUACAAAGUGCUCACGACUUGCUCGCCUCACAACAAUGACUUUGUGAGGUCUCUCGGCGCAGAUGGGGUCUACGAUUACAAGGACCCGAACUGUGGCAAAAACAUCAACAAAGACACCAACGACUCCCUCAAACUCAUCUGGGACACAAUCUCACUCCAGGCUUCUGCCAAGAUUUGUGCAGAGGCACUUUCUUCCGACUCCACAGGCACCAAGUACUGGACCAUCCUGCCAGUCAGGCUUCCAGGACGCGAAGGUGUCGAUCAGGGCUUCACUUUCAUGUACACCAUCUUCAACGAAGCAUUCUCCAAGGCUGGUAGAGAGACGCCAGCUAAGCAGGAGGACUUCGACUUUGCCAAGAAGUUCUUUGACAUCACGCAGAAGCUGCUUGCAGAGGGCAAGCUCAAGACUCAUCCGGAGAAGGUUGGUGCGGCGGGUCUGGAAGGUGCUUUGAAGGGGAUGGAGGAUAUGAAGAAUGACAAGGUCUCCGCGAACAAGCUGGUCUAUCGCGUGCGAGACACGCCAUCGAAUAGCAAGGCAGAGGUUGACCUGUAAGCUGGUUCGCUGUUGGAUAGCUUGAUACGAGAUCUGAUCAUCAGAAGACCAACAUCGAAGUCGAAGCUAUGAGUUUCACAUGAUCGAAAGUGUAUAUGCUUUCAAGACAACGGAAAGUGAUAGGUCCUUUCGAAUGGUCCCAAUAACUAAGUCCUCAUAUUUCGACUCCAA